AUGCCACGACUGGGCGGUGCACUCUAUCCAUUCAUCGGGAUCAUCUACCUCUUCCAACAUUUCCGGAAACUGGCUCCCCAGUUCCUCAAAUCUCUCGUCUACUCCUUCUGCAUCACCCUCCUGGUCCUCCUCCCCCUCUCAGCCUUAACCUUCAAGUUCCAACGCCGGAUGAUCCAUGCAUUCCUCCGUUUCCUCUUUGCAUCCCUCGCCUUCGUCUUCCCUUCCUUACAGUCCAUGAAAUUCCUCGGAUUCAGUCUAACCACUUGGUCAGCCAUGAUCUUGACCAUGGGCGAGACUACUCUCUUGGUCACACUCGUCAUGGGCGAGGUCUUCAAGCGGGAGAAAUCAAAGGGGCUCUUCAAAGCUGUCAUGUCCUACAACAACGUCCUCCUCGGACCUCUCGCAACCGUCGAACAUCACGAACACAAGGGAAAGAACAGCGACGACAGCGAUGACACCAUUCAAGUCUCUUCGAUUGCUGGAAAGCCUGUUGUCAAGAAGCGCCAUCGUGAUGUCGUCAAGGAUGUCUCAUUCCAAUUCGGACAACGGAUCGUCCUCUGGCUGGCCACCCUGCCAUUGAACUUUAUCCCGGUUGCAGGGUCGGUGACCUUCUGUUAUAUCAACGGAAAGGCGAUGGUGCCCGAUAUCCAUCGUCGCUACUUUGACAUGAAGCGGAUGACAGAAGACGAACGUAAGGACUGGAUCAGGAAGCGACAGGCGGAUUACAUAGCGUUUGGAUUUGUCUCCCAGGCACUGGAGCUGGUUCCCUUUCUUGGCAUCCUCUUUGGAUUCACCAACACUAUUGGAGCUGCAUUGUGGGCAGUGGAUCUGGAGAGACCACAGGACGCACUUCGAAACAGGAAGCUGCUCGAUGACGCAUACAAGCCCCAAUAA